UUGGACACCUCAAGUCCUCAUAAACCUCAGUUCUCCUAUUGACCUCCACGUGCUGUUCUCUUUUUUGCGCCUUUUUCUCUCUUUUAUUUCUUCUUACCAGUGCCUCCUUUUUUUUUUUUUUGCUACCGUUCCCCAUUAUUCUUGUCCUAUCUUCGCAUCCAAACCAUAUAAAAAAUUAUCUCCGGUCGGCAACGCACCGCCUGGACCGGUGGCUGUUUUCCCCUCUCCUCCUACUCCCACUCGCUGGUCUCCAGCCAUUCGGGACCCAUCGACUACUGCUGAUUGCUGCUGCUGCUGUUCACUCUUCCUUCAUCCUUCCCGUUCCCAUCUUCACCACUCCUUCUUCCUUAUCCUAACCCCCUUCUCUAAUUAACACUCCCACGAUGAGUAACGAGGGCGGUUUUUCAUCGCUCAAGUUCCGCCGGCCGUCGUCCAAGUUGCACAAAGAUCCUCCCAGCUUCACUUCGCGGAUUCUCAAAGGCCAUCAAAGCCACACUUCACUCAAACGACACCCUUCUGCCCCAGUUGCUCCUCGUUCCUCUGCCGCUGCCGCCGGCCGUGACCAUACUCGCACUAGAUCCAACGCUUACGGUUCGUCAUCAUCGUCGCUGGAGCAGAACAACAGUAGCAACAAUAAUAGCGCUGGUGCUUCGCCCAUUCUGUCCGGACCCGAUGCUCAUUCCCGUUCUUACCAACCUGCCCGCCCCGCCCGUUUUUCCCUCAUCGAGCAAUCCUCCGAUGAACUAGUUGGUAGCCCCUUCGACACGCGGGGCAUGCUAGAUGCGUUAGACGAGACCGCCGCAGAGUCGGACCACCAGACGCCCACCUACUUCCCCCAACCGCCCCCUCAACAGCAAGCCUAUCACUCUACGUCCAACCAAGAAUCUUCUCGUGGUCUCAGACAGUCUGCCAGUUUUACUGCGCUACAGAACCGGAUGGAUUCGUUUCAGCAACGGCCCGACAAUGACCGCCCCCCGAACCCCAAGCGGUUCUCCGACGAGGGGACUGUGACUUCCAAGCCCCCUAUUGGGAGGAGUAAGAAGGCCAGCUUUUCUAGCUUUGUCAAUAGCAUGCUAGGCUCUCCGCGAGGCGUCAAGAUUUCGGCCCCAGAGAACCCAGUCCAUGUCACCCAUGUGGGCUAUGAUAACCAGACCGGCCAAUUCACCGGCCUUCCCAAGGAAUGGCAGCGUCUCCUGCAGGAAAACGGUAUCUCGAAGAAGGAACAGGAAGAACACCCUCAGACCAUGGUUGACAUUAUGCGAUUCUAUGAAAAAAAUGCUCGCGGUGACGACGAAGUGUGGCACAAGUUCGAUCAUGCCUAUCCUCACCAGCAGCCCGCCGUUAGUCCCCUUGUUCUCACAAAUACCCCCUCCCCGUACGGCCCGAGUGCGCAACAGACCUCUCCGCCCACCAGUCCUCGGUUCCCUCAGAAUCAUGAAGGCAGUUUCGAGAAUCCACGAGCUCCGCCGCCGGUCCCUCGCGGCGCCUCUGGCAUGAUCCCUAACCGAGCACCUCCUAAGCCCCCGGUGCCCGCAAACAUGACUCCAGCUCGACCAGCACCUCCACCGCCCGUUGCUUCGAGUCCAUAUGCAGGUGCCUCCGGUUCCUCGCAGGCUCUUGGCACCCCGGCCAUUCCGGAGGCGGAAGCCUUUCCCAGCCAGCCUAGCGGUGGCAGUCCUGUCGCCCAGGUACCAGCUGGCGCCGUCACUACUCCCGCCCAAUACCAGCAGCAGCAGGAGCAGGCGAUGGCGGCCGCUCAGCAAGCCAUCGCCCACCAGCAAUUAACCCGAAGCCGCAGCCAGCGUCAGCCGGGCCACCAGCAUCAAGGUUCCCACCAAUUCGAACAACAGCAGGUGGCCGCUCCGGCCGCUCCAGCUGCUCCAGCCGCUCAGCCCACGCUUCCACCUCAUACAGCUGCCCCUCCUGCAGCCCGUCCGCGACAACGUGUUCGUCAGAGCAAUGGUAUGGAUAUCCGGACUCGGUUGCUCGCCAUCUGCACGCCGGGCGAUCCCACACAGAUGUACUACAAUUUGAACAAGAUUGGCCAGGGAGCAUCUGGUGGCGUGUUUACUGCAUACGAGAGGGGGUCACAUGGUUGCGUGGCUAUCAAGCAGAUGAAUUUGGAAUUGCAACCAAAGAAGGAUCUCAUCAUCAACGAGAUUCUUGUCAUGAAAGACAGCAAGCACAAAAACAUUGUCAAUUUCCUGGACAGUUACCUGUACGGCUUGGAUCUGUGGGUCGUCAUGGAAUAUAUGGAGGGUGGUAGCUUGACCGAUGUGGUGACUUAUAACAUCAUGAGCGAACACCAAAUCGCGGCCGUCUGCCGAGAGACUUUGAGCGGCUUGCAGCAUCUUCACUCGAAGGGCGUCAUCCACCGUGAUAUCAAAUCAGACAACAUCCUUCUCUCCAUGGAAGGGAAUAUCAAGUUGACCGAUUUUGGUUUCUGUGCGCAGAUCAACGAUUCUCAGAACAAGCGGAACACUAUGGUCGGCACACCUUAUUGGAUGGCCCCGGAAGUCGUGACCAGGAAGGAGUACGGACGGAAAGUUGACAUCUGGAGUUUGGGAAUUAUGGCCAUCGAAAUGAUCGAGGGCGAGCCUCCCUACCUGACGGAGUCGCCUCUCCGGGCACUUUACCUGAUCGCUACGAACGGCACGCCCAGGAUCAAAGAAGAGCAUCAACUAUCGCAUAUCUUUAAGGACUUCUUGUUCUUUGCACUGAAAGUCGACCCUGAGAAGAGAGCUUCGGCACAUGACUUGUUGAAGCACCCUUUUAUGUCGCUCUGUGCGCCGCUGUCGCACCUGUCACCUCUUGUCAAGUCCGCGCGGAUAAGUAAGGCCCAGGAGAAGGCCCAAAAGGGCAGCGCUUAAUUGUUCUAUACCCAGUCUUCCGGCCUUUCUACUUUGUCUCUCUUUUCAUUUUUUUUCUUCCAGAUACCCAUACCUUACCCUUCCUGUCACUAUCGCCUAAUCGUGCUCCGUCCUUAAGCCGUCGUCUUUAUCUCAUUAUACAGUGUCAUAGAUGGCGAUCUAUUGUUCGGCCUUUAUUGUUACCUAUUUCCUUUUUUUCGCCGUUUCAUUCUUCAUUCUGAUGUCCUUUUUCCCUUCUAUUACCCGCUAAAACCUCGGGUUUUCUAUCAUGAUGGU